AUGGGAAAUCACUACACAUUGGGGUAUUAUAACUUUGGUAUGGCUUGUGGAGGCUUAAAUACUCCGUCGGAGAUAAUGAAGGAUUUUGAUUUCGCCGGCCAACAAGAAAAUGCUGCAUCAACGGAAUCAAUGCCGGACUCUCAAUUUCCACCAUAUUCAACACAACGUGGGGUGGAUAACAUUACUCUCACCAAUAAGUCAAUGGAAGAAUCUGAUUAUAAACGCGUUCCAUGGAGUGUUGAUGAUGACAAGAUGCUUGCAAGUGCUUGGCUCACAAUUUCUAAUUGUAGCAUUGUGGGUAAUUCUCAAAAUGAUGAGAGUUUUUGGAAACGAGUCACGGACUACUUCAAUGAGAAUCGGCAAUUUGGGCCGCCAAGAAAAUAUAAAGCUGUGAAGUCACAUUGGCAUUGGUUGAGUCGAAUGGUCAAUGAAUUCAACCAAUACUACAACAAAUUGGUUGGAGAACAUCAUAGCGGAUGGAAUGAUGAUCAGAUCAAACAACAUGCAUGA